CUGCUUUGACAGAACAUGGCAAGUGGCAACGGCACUUCGAAAUCUUUAAUUUAACUCAUUGCGGUAUUUAAUAACGCUUGAAGUUUAUUGUAGUAUUUCAAUGAAAUUAUGUAAAUAUUUAGUAAUAGUCUAAACUAUUUGUAAGUGUUUAUUGGAUUACAUUGCUAGAACUUAUAAUAUAAGCAAAAAUGGAUCUUCAUCGACCGGUCGACGGUAACAAGUCGUAUGAAGAAUUGACGUCGGAAGAAAAAUUAAGAUAUGACCAUCAGAAAUUGCACGAGAUGCACAAGGGUCACGACUCUAUGCAUAUGACAAUGGUCAUCAUCCUUAUUGUGACUCUAAUUGUGGCUCACUUAGUAGUAUCUGAAUGGAAGAAUUUACAUUACAGAUCGUAUGCACUAUUUACAAUGGUUGCAAUGUGGUCGAUACCACUGGUGAUGAGCAUCAGUAACCACUGGACGAGGUUCAUCGUGGUGUGGACGGUGUUCACGCUGCUGACCGCUGUCGUCAUGUGGAAGUCAUCGCAGAAGCCCAUGUCUGUCACUACACCAAGAUUGGUGUACAAAUGGUUCUACCUCAUAUACAAAGUGAGCUGCUUCUUCGGUGUGUUCGGCUACAUAGUUAUGAUGAUGACCUUCAUGAACAUUAACUCGAUAUUCAAUCACAAGCCGCAAGUAUGGAUGGACGUUGGUCUAGUGUCACUGUUCUACGGAUUGUACUUUGGGGUGUUGGGCCGAGACGUUGCCGAAUAUUGUACUGAUAAAAUGGCCGCUUCUAUAGGGUAUUACACAAAAGAAGGGAUGCCGACUCGACACUUAGAGAGCAAUGUGUGUGCUGUCUGUGGCAAUAAGUUAUUGGUUGAUGUUAAUGAGGAAGGCGUUUUAGAAAAUACAUAUAAACUGACCUGUAGUCACGUUUUCCACGAGUUCUGUAUCCGAGGCUGGUGCAUCGUCGGCAAGAAGCAGACCUGUCCGUACUGCAAGGAGAAGGUGGAUCUCAAGAGAAUGUUUACUAAUCCAUGGGACCGACCACAUAUACUCUAUGGACAACUGCUAGAUUGGAUCAGAUGGGUGAUUGCCUGGCAACCGCUGGUGCUCUUCCUCGCUCAGGGCAUCAACUGGCUCUUUGGACUUGAAUAACACGGCAUAUCACAAGUAUUCAUUCGCUACGUGGACACUUAGAUGUUCUUGUAUUCGAAUGUGUGGUGGGAUUUUAAAAAGACGGUAGGUAGCCUUACCGGUUGAGCUACCAACUCCUUAAAGUGUUUGUGACAUACUAUACGAUGUAUGAAAUAUAAAAUAGUACUGGCACGUAUUUAAUUAAUUCUUGACAUAAUCGUGACAUCAUUUUACCUCAUUACUUUUUUUUUAACAACAGUGUUGUUAUAUUUUUAUGUUUGAAGUGAUUUCUCGACGGAUACAUAGUAUCGAUAAUUAUUAUCUAAACGAUCAAUCUUGCCUUGAAGUGUAUAAAUAAUUGUAAAUACACUUUAAAAAUUGAUUUCGAUUCCCACAGAUUAAAAUGAAACAAUUUUAAUGUAUUUUUUUCGCUUGUAAAGUUGUGAUUCAUAUGUAGUAUUACUGGUGUUAAGGCUUAGUGCCCGUCUGGCUGGGGAGCACUCACUACGAAUCAGUUAUUCUAAAUAAAUUGAUUAUAUUUUCCUGUAUCUUAUUAUAUUCGCGUAUAACAUUGCCCUAAAACGUUCUCUGUACCAUAUGCAAGUGGAAAAAAGGGUUGUCUUAGAUUUUCGCGAUUAUUACACAUUGAAAUAAAACUAGUUUUUAACGGAUUGUUCGUGGUCACGGUCAGUCUGCCCGUGACCACGAACACUGCAAAGUGCUCGAAACGUCGGGAUGUUAAAAUAAUUAAUAUACGCGAUUAAAUCCGUUAAAAACUAGUUUUAUUUCAAUGGAAAAAAGGGGUUACAAUCAGGGAACAAAUCUUGAUAACAGGGAUUCACAGCCUGGGUUGAUCCCUGAUUUGAAACCGAUAAACUACCACUAAUCCUGUUUUUUUAUUUUAUCCAGACGUUCUGGGUUACACUGAGCUUUACCACAAGAUAAUUGGUAUAAAUUGUAUAAAAUGUAAAUAUUUUCUAAUAUCUUCCAAUAAUGUUUUCAAACAACUAUUUAAUGUUCGUCUCUCGAAUUAUUAAAAAAAAAUACAUUAAUAUUAUUUUUAUAUAUAAUUAUUUUCGCAUAGACAACUCUUGUAUAGCGUUGGAUUGUAAAGCGUUUACGAUCGAAUACACUUGUUUCACCAAGCGAAGCGAAAGCGAUAUCCAUUGAUUACGCGAACACAAGAUUUGUCUGAUAUGAAUUUGUCUAUAGCAUUGAAGAUAAAUAAAUCAUUAUUUAUUUCCUUAAUUAUUUCUUUAAACAUUACAAUGUACUUUUAA